GCUAAGUGGCGCUACUGUAGAAUGUUACUUCUUCGCAUGCGAACUGUUUAACCAUUUGACGUUUGUGUCCAUCAAAAAACGUCGCCAUUACAGUGUUUAUAGCGACGAUUGUAUUUCAAAGUGUAAUAAAAAAUUCUAAAUAAUUGGCGAAUGGAAUAUAAUUUGCUCGUUUUCUUCAGUACGGGAAGCGGAAAUUAAGGGCCGACAAGCGGCGAGAUGUUUGUACCUCCGCCAGUUGAACAGCAAUUUCGCAUGGACCCAAAUAUGACGCUUCUGCAUUCCUCAAGUCAAAUACACAACGUCCAUCCUAGGAGGAAAAACAACAGAAAUACUUUACACGGAAUGCAGGCUGAACGCUUGUCUCUGAGCGAAGAGGCUAAAUUGGAGAUGGCGUCGUUGCCGACCAAAACUCCUGUUUCAGUACUUCAGGAGUUAUUAAGUCGUCGUGGGGCGACGCCUAAGUACGAACUAGUCCAAAUCGAGGGGGCUAUUCACGAACCUAUAUUCCGCUACAGGGUGUUUAUUAAUAACGAUUUGGUUGCUACUGGAACAGGGAGGUCGAAAAAAGACGCCAAACACGCUGCUGCGAAGAAUCUGCUUGAUGUUUUGGUCGGCAAACAGAGUCCAGAACAAGCCAACGCUUCUAACGGGACUCCCGGAGCCAACGAUAUUACAGCUCAAGUGGUGUCUCCGUUUGAUGAUAAAGUUAUGGGGAACCCUAUCGGUUGGCUCCAGGAGAUGUGCAUGUCUCGGAGAUGGCCUCCACCGUCCUAUGAGAUGGAACAUGAGGAAGGUCUUCCACACGAACGCCAGUUCACGAUAGCUUGUCAAGUGUUAAAAUUCAAAGAAGUCGGUACUGGCAAGUCAAAAAAAUUAGCUAAAAGAAUGGCAGCACACAAAAUGUGGCAGGCCCUGCAAGAUAUGCCUCUAGAGGGCAAUAAUCUGCCGCAAGGUUACGACGACGAUGAAGAGUUGGCGGCGAAAAUGUGUAACUUACAAGGACGCUACAGUGGUCUGAAAGAUAGUAAAAUACCGACACUCAACAUACAACACACCCAAAAGGUGUCACAGUUUCACAAAGCCCUCAAGCAGUCCAAUGGGCCGAAGCUAAAGGAGUUGCAGAACAUAGUUCUCAACAGCAAAGACUUCAACUUCAUUCAGUUUUUGCAUGAAAUUGCGUCCGAGCAACAAUUUGAAGUAACUUAUGUCGAUAUAGAGGAGAAAGCACUAUCUGGCAAAAGUCAGUGCUUAGUACAGCUUUCUACAUUACCGGUAGCGGUGUGUUACGGUGCCGGAGCGACACCGAAGGAAGCGCAAUCAGCGGCUGCUUUGAAUGCACUCGAAUAUUUAAGAAUAAUGAGCAAGAAGUGAAUUUCGAGCUUAUGAUCGUUUACACUUCAAACAUCUGCAACUUUUUUAUUUAAUUUGUUUUUAUUGUGUAUACUUAUUUAGGCUAAUCCAUGUUGAGAUGUUUUUAAGUGUAGCCGAGUCAUUUUUUCAAACAAAAAUGUAUCAAGAUGCAUGUGCUUUCCCUACAUGCAUUUUGCUUUUCUUCUCGAUCGGCGCCAUUUUGGUAACACGUGAUGGAUGAAUCUUGGGCGGCGUCGACAAUUUUACGAUUACAUACAUCACAGUCAGUUGGGCACUUUUUAUUGUGUAUUGUUCAAAUGCGAAACAAUAAAAACUGUGCGACUUAUUAACGAGAAGGAACGCACCUAAUUUUACAAGCUAUACUUUGCAUAGAAUUAGUGGUUUUUUUCGAGACUAUGUAUGUCGUUUUUUAUAUUUUUGUGUUUGUGUGUGUGUUAAUGCACUCAAGCAGAAAAUGAUUUUUUAAAAGGUGUCUAUUAUUAAGAGUAGUGAUGUUUAGGUACCUAGCUUUAGCAUUCCACUAUAUAGGCACUAGAACUUGAGUUGUAAUGUUGGGUGCCCCCAUAUAACAUGUUGUACAUAUUUAUAUUGUGUAAAGGGAGCAUUUAUUUAAUGCAAAGUAUAGAGGUUGUACCCCUGUUUCCCCAGAAUUAACAUAUAUGUCAAUAGAAGCUAAUGUUAAGAUCAAGUACAUCAAUUCGGACAAUAUUGUUUUUCCUUUAUUAUGUUCUACUUGAGCCAUAUCGAUAUUGAUGUGUAUGCUAAUUGAAAAUAAAAUAAUAGCUUACAAAAA